GUAGCCAAGAUUAUUAUGGGACAAAUGGGAGGCUACGUCGGAGACGAAGCCCAGCACAGCUACGUCGGAGACGAAGCUCAAAGCAAGAGAGGUGUCCUAACUCUGAAAUACCCAAUUGAGCACGGUAUCGUCACCAACUGGGACGACAUAGAAAAGAUCUGGCAUCACACUUUCUACAACGAACUCCGUGUUGCACCAGAAGAGCACCCAGUUCUCCUUACUGAGGCCCCACUUAACCCAAAAGAUAACCGUAAAAAGAUGACCCAAAUGAUGUUCGAAACCUUCAACACCCCCGCCAUGUACGUCGCCAUCCAAGCUCUGCUUUCAUUGUACGGUGCUGGUCGUAUCACAGGUGUUGUUUGCGGCAGUGGUGAUGGUGUUUCCCACACCGUUCCAAUCUACGAAGGUUAUAUUGUUCCUGACACCAUUUCUCGCAUUGACAUUGCUGGGAGAGAUAUUACUAAUCACAUGAUGCAGACCUUGAGAGGAAGACGUUUUCUACUUGCCGAGAGUGAAAUUGUUCGCGAAUUAAAAGAAAAAAUUUGCUACGUUGCUCUUGAUUUUGAACAAGAAAUGCAGAAGGUUACAAACAGUCACUCACUUGAAAAAUGGCACGAGCUUCCUGACGGACAGGUGAUCAAUGUUAAAAGCGAGAGAUUCUGCUCUCCAGAAACUCUCUUCCGACCAGAUCUUAUUGAUAUGAAUUCAUCUGGAAUCCACGAAAGUGCCAAUAACUCCAUCAUGAAGUGUGAUGUUGACAUCCGUAAGAACUUGUACGCCAACGUUGUUCUUUCUGGUGGUUCCACUAUGUUCCCUGGUUUUGCUAAGAGAUUGAAAAAGGAAAUCACUGCUCUUGCACCACCAAACACAAAUAGUAAGAUCAUUGCCCCAGCAGAGAGAAAAUACUCCGUCUGGAUUGGAGGAUCCAUCCUUGCUUCACUCUCCACCUUCCAACAGAUGUGGAUCAGCAAACAAGAAUACGACGAGUCCGGCCCAUCCAUUGUACACCGGAAAUGCUUCUAAAUAC